AGCAGCAAGAGCUGUAAAAUGCAGAUGUGACUCCCCGCACGCGCCCAGAAGGAUGUUUUCGAAUUCUUCCCCUCAGGACUUUGGGGCAGCACCAACCUAAGACGGAGCAAAGGCAUGUUUUUGCCUCCUGGCCAGUCCGGAACUUUCCCCACAGCCUGUUAAACAGAGACCAUGAGCUGCUACGUCUGCAGCUCCGGCUGAUCUCGGGAGGGGACGAAACUCGGGUCCGCCUUCCUUUCAGGCUCUUCGUUAGCUUUCCUUGCCGGCACCCGCCAAGACGCGGCUUGCGGGGCGCUUACUUUGUCUAUUGCUAACUAGAAUACAAGGAGUUCCUAUUUGGCACAGCAAGACCUGAAAUAUCUGCAGUGGGGAACUCCAUCUGCUGAGGUUAAUUGCAUAAAUUCCCCACCAUGCAUUGGAUCUGCCCCUUCUUCGCAAAAGCUUCCUACAGGAGUCGGCACCUGCCAGUGCGGUUAUGCAUCCUACGGGCCUUUUCCAGUCAUCUCCCAAAUCAGGUGAUUGAAGAUGUAAUAAAUCGGCCAUCGUCACAGCUGGGAACUGCUACAGAAAAAGGAAACGUGAUUAUAAAAACUGCCAAAGGCACCAGGGAUUUUAGCCCAAAGCAGAUGGUCAUUCGAGAAAAAAUCUUCAGCACCAUAAUCAGCUGUUUCAAACGUCAUGGAGCUGCAACAAUAGAUACCCCUGUGUUUGAGCGGAAGGACCUCUUGUUGGAUCACUAUGGGGAGGAAUCAAAGCUGGUUUACGAGCUGAAAGACCAAGCGGGAGAGUUGCUGUGUCUUCGCUAUGACUUGACUGUGCCAUUUGCUCGUUAUUUGGCCAUGAACAAAGUUUCCCAUUUUAAGCGCUAUCACAUUGCAAAAGUCUACAGACGUGAGAGCCCAUCAUUGGCAACGGGACGCUACAGAGAAUUCUGCCAGUGUGAUUUUGACAUUGCUGGCCAAUAUGACCCCAUGAUUCCCGAUGCAGAAUGUCUGAAGGUCAUGCACGAGAUCCUAAGUGCCCUGCAGUUUGGAGAUUUCCUCAUCAAAAUCAAUGAAAGGCGUAUUUUGAAUGGGAUCUUUACAAUAUGUGGUGUUCCCAGUACCAAAUUUGAAACGGCUUGCUCCACCCUUGACAAGCUGGGCAAGGUGACAUGGAAGGAAGUGAAAAAUGAGAUGGUUGAAGAGGAUGGGAUUUCUCCAGAUGCUGUAGAUCGCAUUGGUGAAUAUGUUCAGCUCCAUGGGGGGAUAUGUCUGAUUGAGAAGCUACUUCAGGAUCCAAAGCUCUCGCAGAGUAAGCUGGCCAUAGAAGGACUGGAGGACAUGAAGUUGCUGUUUGAAUACCUUACCCUGUUUGGAAUCAUAGAUCAGGUAACCAUGGACCUGAGUCUGGCUCGUGGUCUAAAUUAUUACACUGGCGUGAUCUUUGAGGCUGUGCUGCUGCACCAACAAAGUGACGCAAAGGAGUCUCUCAGGAUAGGCAGUGUGGCUGCCGGUGGACGCUAUGAUGGACUUGUAGCAAAAUUUGACCCCAAAGGGAAAAAGGUGCCUUGUGUGGGAGUGAGCAUCGGUGUUGAAAGGAUCUUUUCCAUCCUAGAACGGAAUGCUGAGAUGUCCAAGGAGAAGAUCCGCGCAACAGAGACGGAAGUGCUGGUGGCAGCUGCUCAGAAGAACUUCCUUGCGGAGAGAAUAAAGCUCAUCUCUGAACUGUGGGGUGCUGGCAUCAAGGCAGAGAUGCUGUAUAAGAAAAACCCCAAACUUCUGGACCAACUUCAGUACUGUGAAAAAAAUGGGAUCCCACUUGUUCUCAUCAUAGGGGAAGAGGAGCAGAAAGAUGGAGUUGUGAAACUUCGCGAUGUCACUAGCAGGAAAGAGAUCAUUGUUCCUAAGGAGAAUUUCAUAGAGGAGAUCAAGAAGAGAUUGGAAAAAUAGAACCCUUUCAUUUCAUUUCUUUUCUUUUCCCUAUUUUAAAUUUGGCAGCUGUGUGCCCUCAGAGAAUUUUGCAGGUCCAUAAAGCCACCUGGAGUUAUUCAGCAUUUUUGAAGAACUGGACUUUUGAGAAACAUGGAAUACAGAACAGAUGAGACAAUGCUUUUAUUGGGACAAAUAACAUUUUAGAAGUUGAAAGCAAGUUUUCACAUUGCAUUCGGUUGCCACCUUUUUCCACCCUGUUUUUGUGCCUUUAAUAAUGAUUUGGGAGAUUCCCAGGUUUUGAGGCUAUUUUAUAGGAAUUUGUUUGUGGAAUCCAAAUCAUCUGUGUCUGGGAAAUAUAUUGUAGUUUUGACCCUAAAACCAAUAGUGGCAGUCAAUGACUGAUGCUAAUUUCUAACCAGCAUAAAUUUGCUCUUAUAUCCACAUUGCAUAACUAAAUCACAAUGAAAAUAUACAGGAAUAGCAUCUGAUAUUACAGCAACCAGGAAUUAUGUAUUCUAUUUAAUUACUUCUACUUUUAUAUGUGAAAUCAGAAUAUUUCUCCUGAACAGGCAAAAUAUUAGGAUUUCACGACCAGUUUACAGGGACAAAAUUAUUGACAGCAAGUUGAUGUCCUGAUAGUAUCUAAAUAUAACAGGUUCAUUUACCUGAACCUAAGCUGGCAAAAAGCAAAACUUCUUUCUUUGGUCUUUGUUGGAGAGUACAGAAAAAGCAACAUGAAAUGUGGUACAGGUGCUCUUCCUUUCUGUUUCCCAAACACUCCGCAGAAAACCUACGCACUGGACUGUGCCACAUUGAACUGAAUGAAAGGGAAUAGUGAAUUCUGCAUUCACACAGAAGGGUUUGAAUAGUUAAUACUGAAACUUGCAGCCUUGGUUUUCCCCCCUCUAAAAACAACAACAGCCUUAGUUAGGACAAUGUGCUCCAUAGUUGUUCGUGUCUCUUGGAACAACCAAAAUAGGGUGAUAUCCUAUGUUUGCCAUGCUCUGUAUGACCCCAUUGAAAUAAAUGGAAUGAAGUUCAUUAACAGCAGUAGGCCUACUCUGCAUAUGACUUACUAUAUAUCUAUAUAUAUUUAUAUAAAUAGUAUUUAAAUUA